ACAGAACGGUCCCGUCAGCAGAAAGCCUUUCCCUGGCUGGAUCCCCAAAGGGCACUCUCACUGGGACUUGGCUGCACCUCCUUAGCAGGGACAUAUUUCUCCUCCCUGUGCUAGCUUCCCCUCUUCCUGACUCUCCGGGGCUCAGCCCUAGGCACUGACCUGCCUUCAGACUCUGCACAAUGGAGGCUGGCUCCGUGGUGCGGGCAGUCUUUGAUUUCUGUCCCAGCGUCUCUGAAGAGCUGCCCCUCUUCGUGGGAGAUGUCAUCGAGGUGUUGGCUGUGGUGGAUGAGUUCUGGCUCUUCGGCAAGAAGGAAGGUGUCACAGGGCAGUUUCCUAGCAGCUUUGUUGAACCUGUGGAUAUUCCCCCUUUGAAGCAGGGAGAAAAACUGUUUGUUUGUACCAAUGACUUCACAUCUCAAGAGCCAGGGAGCUUGUCAUUGCAGAGAGGAGACUUGGUGAUCCUGGGGGGGUCCCUGGCCUCCAGCUGGCUCCAGGGCCGAAGCAGCUGGGGUUCCAAGGGCUUUUUCCCCUCAUCAUGUGUGAGGGAGCUGUGCCUUUCAGUUCAGAGAUGUCAGCUGCCCCAGAGCACUCUCCUGGAGGUGCCUGCCUACUCUCUGGGCCAAGCCCGGGCCCUGAUGGACCUGUCUGCUCAGCUGGAGGAGGAACUGGACUUCAGGGAAGGGGAUGUGAUCAACAUUGUUGGUGUCCCAGAGCCUGGCUGGUUUGAGGGUGAGCUCAGAGGCUGCAGGGGCAUCUUCCCAGAGGGUUUUGUGGAACUGCUUACUCCUCUGCGAGCACCAGGAACCUCAGUGGAUCCAGAGCCCACAGGGACUUGUGACACCAAUGGGACAGUAGAGAUGCCCCCCAAAGAUGACAAGGAGCCAGGGAGUACUUAUGGUGUUGCCCUCUACCAGUUCCAAGCCCUGGAGUCCAAGGAACUGGAUUUUGAUGUGGGUGACAGGAUUCGGAUUGUAGGCAUUCUGGAGGAUGGCUGGCUGGAGGGGGAGCUGAGAGGAAAACGUGGCAUCUUUCCACACAGAUUUGUGAGGCUGGAAGCCUCUGAGGCUUGCAGGGAAAAGCUGAGUGCUGGGGAUCUGCAAGAUGGAGGCAGUUGUGGAUUGACCAUCCAUCAAGAUCCAGAAAGCAGUUGCUCUGAAACUCCUCCUUUGCCAGGGAAAGAUAGCAGGGAAAAGGAGGAUGGCUUAGCUGCAUACCCUGAGCCUGCCACCGUUUUGUCUGACAAAGCAGGGAGGUCAGAGGGUCCUCUUGGCACUGACUUGAGACAGCAGCAGACCUUUCCCAGCACAGGACACCAAGAGCCACAUCCCAAAGAUGAAGUGGGCUCAGAGCCCUCUAACCACACGAAGACAGUCAAUGGCGCUCUCCCCUCUGCUCAGCUGCCUCCCCCACAGGGCAACACACCUGGCCAAGCAGGGGAGCUGGAGCCUGGGGGGACCAUUUCAGCCACCCCACAAAGCUCAGAAACUCAGUCCCUCCCGAAGCAUGAAGGAGACAGCCCCACUGCACCCUUGCAGGCUCCCCACUUCCCCCAAGAUCCUAGCAGGAGCCAAGUGAUUUCAUCUCCUAAUAGCUGGGCAGCAUCUCAGGAGAGCCAGAGCAGGCCCCAGAACCUAGACAGUUGGAUGGACAGUAAACUGGAGAAGUCCAAGCCCUGUUCCAGGUUAGGAACUGCCCAGGUGAGCCUGGACACACGGGCUGGGAGCUGGGGGGAGUGCUGCCCUCUUGCAGUGCAGGGGGACAGCUGCUCGGACCUGGACUCCAAAUUGACGGAGCAGCUGGCCCAGUUUGAGAAGAGUCUGUCCAGUACUGGUGCGGAGCAGGACAAGGUCUCCCGUCACUUCUCUAUCUUGGACUACAGCUCUGAGAAGGACAUUGUCCGUGGGUCUCCUGAAUCUGUGUCCCACUCCAGGCAGGCAGAGAGGAGAAGGGCCCUGAGGCCACCCCCUCCUCGGCCCAGCAGCCUCGCCACAACUGCUGUGCACGUGCAGGGUGGCCAAGUGCCCAAAGGCAGGGCUCUGUCCUUCUCGGUCAAACCCUCCCGGCCUGCGCCCCGGCCUCCGCCCAGCAACCAGCGCAGAAAUGUGGCCCCUGAACAGCCUCAGCCCAGCACCCCGGAGCAGCGGGUGGAAGAGGGACGUGAGGACUUGACACAGGCAGGAUCAGCCUCCUCCAGCUCCAUCCUGCUGACUAGAAUUGGAGAGGUGGAGCGAGAUCUGGAGGCCUACAGCAAGACCCGUGCCGAGCUAAGCCUGAUGCUGGAGGAGCAGCAAGAUGAGCUGGUGAGAGCAGAGACCAUGGAAAACCUUGAUUUCUGUGACUCCAACAUUGAGAGCCUCAGCAUGGAGCUGCAGGAGUUGAGAGAGAUGACUCUCCUGUCCUCCCAGACACCAUCCCUGGAGCCAUCCUCGGCUGCCACUGAGAGUGCAGAGCAAAGGAUGCUGGAGAAGAGGGCCAAGGUUAUUGAGGAGCUGCUCCAGACAGAGCGGGACUAUAUCAGAGACCUGGAGAUGUGUGUGGAGAGGAUCAUGGUGCCCCUGCAGCAGGCACAGAUGCAGAACAUAGACUUUGAGGGCCUUUUUGGAAACAUCCAUAUGGUAAUUAACUUCUCCAAGCAGCUGCUGUCCGCCUUGGAGGCUUCAGAUGCCAUCGGGCCAGUGUUCCUGACGCAGCGUGCAGAGCUGGAGAGUGUCUACAGGGUGUACUGCCAGAACCAUGAUGAGGCCAUCGCACUGCUGGAAACCUAUGAGAAGGAUGAGAAGUUGCAGAAACUACUUUUGGACCUGCUGGAUAGCCUCAGGAGCCUGUACAGUGAAUGGGGUUGCACAAACUACAUUAACCUGGGCUCAUUCCUCAUCAAGCCAGUGCAGAGGGUGAUGCGAUACCCACUGCUGCUGAUGGAGCUGCUGAGUGCCACCCCCGAGGCUCACCCUGAUAAGGCACCACUCACGGCUGCUGUCCUCACAGUCAAAGAAAUCAACGUCAACAUCAACGAGUACAAGCGCCGGAAGGACCUGGUGCUAAAGUACAGAAAAGGUGAUGAGGAUAGCCUCAUGGAGAAGAUCUCCAAGCUCAACUUCCACUCUAUCAUCAAGAAAUCCAACCGUGUGAGCAGCCACCUCAAGCAUCUCACAGGCUUUGCACCCCAGCUAAAGGAUGAAGCCUUUGAAGAGACAGAGAAAAACUUCCGGAUGCAGGAACGCCUGAUCAAGUCCUUCAUCCGGGACCUUUCCCUCUAUCUGCAGCACGUCCGGGAGUCAGCUUGUAUGAAGGCACUGGCAGCAGGGAGCAUGUGGGACCUGUGCACAGAGAAAGGAAGUGGGGACUUGGACCAGUUCCAGAAAGUGAAUCGUCUCAUCAGCGACCAGCUCUUCUCCAGCUUUAAAGAGCGGACGGAGCGGCUGGUGAGCUCUCCCCUGAGCCAGCUGCUGAGCAUGUUUGCGGGGCCUCACAAGCUGGUGCAGAAACGCUUCGACAAACUCCUCGACUUCCACAACUGCACUGAGCGAGCGGAGAAGCUGAAGGACAAGCGAACGCUGGAGGAGCUGCAGUCAGCCCGCAACAACUACGAGGCCCUCAACGCCCAGCUACUGGAUGAGCUGCCCCAGUUCCUGCGCUUCGCCAAGGAGCUGUUCGCCAGCUGCGUGCGGGGCUACGCCGAGGCGCACUGCGACUUCGUGCACCUGGCCCUGGAGGAGCUCACACCCCUGCUCUCGUUGCUGAAGGCGUCUGGCAGGGAAGGGAACCUCAUUGCCAUCUUCCAGGAUGAGCACAGUCGAGUCCUCCAGCAGCUCCAGGCCUUCACCUUCUUCCCAGAGUCCCAGGCAGCUCCCAAGAAGACUUUUGAAAGGAAAAGCAUGGAACGGCAGUCUGCCCGGCGGCAGCCCCUCGUUGGCUUGCCGACCCACCUCCUGCAGUCAGAUGAUGUCCGAGCUGCCCUCCUGGCCCGCUAUCCCCCAGAGAGUCUCUUCCAGGCAGAGCGCAAUUUCAAUGCUGCCCAAGACCUGGAUGUCUCGCUGCUGGAAGGAGACAUUGUGGGCGUCAUCAAGAAGAAGGACCCCAUGGGCAGCCAGAAUCGCUGGCUCAUAGAUAAUGGGGUGACGAAAGGCUUUGUGUACAGCUCCUUUCUGAAGCCCUACAGCCCCCGCCGCAGCCAGUCGGACGUCUCUGUGGGCAGCCACUCUUCCAACGAGUCGGAGCACAGCAGCUCCUCUCCCCAAAGCAACGCCACCCUGACCUUCAGCCCCAGUGGGGCGGCCAUCACCUUCACUCAGAAACCCCCGCAGGACUCUGUCUCCCCGGCAGAUGUGCACCAGUCCCCACAGCCCGCACUGGAGGUGGACUCCCGCUCUGUGCCCCAGCCUGGCUCUGGUGACAGGACAGCCCCUCUGGCUGGUACAGGGACAUCUCAGCGCCACUACAGCCCCAGCUCUCGCAACAGGCACCCCACCAAAGCACAUAUCAGGCCCACGCCCUCAGUGGAGGACAGAGACUCUGGGCUGGAGAACAGCGAGUCAGAGGGCAACCAGGUCUACUACGCUCUCUACACCUUCAAAGGCAGAAACACCAAUGAGCUGAGUGUGUCAGCUAACCAGAGACUCAGGAUCCUGCAGUUUGAGGACAUCACAGGCAAUCAGGAAUGGUGGCUGGCCGAGGCCCACGGCAAGCAGGGCUAUGUGCCCUCCAGUUACAUCCGGAAGACAGAGUACACGUGAGGCAGCGCACAGAGCCUGCACCCCAUGCCUUGUUCCUGCUGGGACUGCCAGGGCUGGGGGAGGCUGGCCAGCCCUGCAGCCUCCACUGCUCACCCCUAAGGCUCUGCCUCUCACAACUGUGCAGUGCUCCUGGGCCCCAAACACUGGCUGCCAUUGCCCCUUCAGGGGAGGAAGAAGAGUGGGCUGGCCAGGUAGGCAGGAGCAGGCAGCUUGUGUGAGGGCAGGGGUGAGUUCACCUCUGAGGUGUGUUUGAGCCUCCUGUGUCCAGCCAGGAACAGGGGAGCAAAGCCUGGGGCUGUUGCCUGCCUAGAGGGGUAAGGCUUGACUCAGGCUGAGGAGCUGCUGUGGAUUUAAAUAGUGGAAGGCUAGUGCUGAGUUUCUGGAGAUUGUCUUUAGUCAAGUAGUAUUAAAAGCAACCCAGACUUUGUGAAUGUGUUCCCUGUGCAGCAGGAGCCUGGUCUCACCUGUCUCUGCAGGACCUGGGGUGGGACAUUUACACACUGCCUGGGGAAAACAGCUCUGAGGUUUGCUGGGAGUCAUUGAGCUCCAGGCCUGGGAUGGGUAUGGCCUCUGAAACCCUCACAACAAAGCCCCCAGCAGGUGCCUUCUCCCUGUGCUUGGUCUCCCAGGGGCUUGGCCUUUUCAAAGUUUGGUGCUGCCAGGUUCUCAUCUUUCAGGUGAGCCAGAAGCCCAGAACACCAUACCCUUGUCAGCCCAGUAUUGGUUGUGCCCAGUACCCAUCUUUACACUGAUGUGCCCACCUGGCUCUGGGCUGGGGCAGGGCAGAAGGCAAAGCACAAGCUGUCCUCCAGCCUGGUUUUUGGGGUCUCUAACCAAAAUUGCCUCACCUGGGCUUUCCUGCACGGCAUUGGAGAGGGUGCUGACAUUCUGGAGUGGCAGGACCAUCCCUGGUAGGGCUGUGGUGCCUUUUGCUGGGUUGGUGUGUGAUACUGCUGCUGCCACGUCCUGAAGGGAAGAGGUUCCCUUAAUGGGGCAAUGUUUGUAUCCCCUGUGCGGCUGCUCUGCAAAUAAAGAUUUGCCCUUGUGUAUA